AUGCGUCUGGUCGGUCUUGUUGUGGCUCUCGCCGCUUUGGCAGAGGCUCAACUCCCCGAGACUCCUAGAGCCAAUGGUGAACCCACCACCACGACUCUUCACCCUCUUCCCUUUGAGACUAUUUCAUCUGAGAUUCCUGAGUUUGAUAAGACAACUUCUUCAGAUGUUGCACUUCCAGAGACCAGCACAAGUGUUCCGGUUCCUGACACUUUAUUUACUUCAACCGAUAUCUUGCCUGAGCUGCCUGAGUCUAAGAGCACCGACAUUGCGGUUGGAGAUACUUCUACUGCCAAUGGCGAGUCGCCUCUUGAUUUGACAUCUUCAAUUGAGGUCCCUGUUGAACAGCCCACUACUGAGACGGGACAGCCCACUGGUCCCGAGACUACGGUCCAACAGCCUCCAGCUUUUGACACUACAACGUCACAAGGGCUUCCCGUAGCAGAGACAACUACUCAGCAACCUCCUGCUCUUGAUACCGUCACAACUGAUCAGACACCUGGCCCUGCUGUUGACACAACCACCCAGCAGCCUCCUGCUCAGGACUCCACAACUGAGCAGCUGGUACCUCAGGAUACCACUUCCCAACCUUUUAUCGGGCAAGAGACCACCACUACCCAGCCUCACGAUAUCGUUACCACUUCAUCAGAACAGCCUGUUGAUGAGGUGCCAUCCACGACUGAGAAGCCUGAGAACCCCAAGCCUACUACUACUAAGCAGGAGGAAGCUGAGCCCACUAGUAAAGACGAGGAUCCUGACCCCAAGUCUGAAGACUCAGACAAUGAGGACCCCAAGACCAAGGAUGAGACUGACCCUGAGCCCACCACCAAGCAAGACGAGGCUCCUGUUACAGUUCCUCCUGCUGCUGUCACUGCUGAGCCCCAAGAGACUAUCUCCGGUGUUACUGACAACACCCUACACAGCACCAAGGAUAGCGAUGGCAAUGACGUUGUUGUCCCUGUUCUUUUUGGUCCCUCCUGCCUGAUAUUUUGUGAGCAUGCUGGCAAAGACAAUGGUCCUGGUGGUAUUGUUCUUUGGGGCAUUGGGCCUGCGCCAGGAAGCUACGUCCUUCCCCCUCUCCCUGGUAUCACUCCUGCUCCAUCAGCUGUCGUCAUCAAUGGAGGUGUACCGACACCUGUUGGAACUCAGACACCCGAGGAUCCUGAUGACCAGGACGAUGAUGACGAUGACGACGAUGACGACGACAAGAGUACUGCUGAGGAAGAGACCAAGACUGAAGCUAAGACUACUGAAGCUAAGUCUACAGUUGAGUCUUCCGCAGCUUCCACUACUGAGGCUAGCACCACUGAGCUACCUCAGCUAUCGAUGGGCGUUGAGACAGUCGUAGUGAACGUUGAUGCUACUCCUACCACCGGUGCUACCUCCAGUGAAGCUACAACGGAGGCCACAAGCACUGAAGCAUCUACCCAGACUACAGAGCUUCCCCAAUUGUCUAUGGGCGUGGACACGGUAGUUGUAAACGUUGAUGCAACUCCAACAACUGGAGGAACGACUGAGACUUCUGCUGCUACUUCUACAGAGACCACUGAGGCUACUACUCAGACGACUGAGCUUCCUCAGCUGAGCAUGGGAGUCGACACAGUCGUUGUCGAUGUUGAUGCUACCCCUACUACAGGAGGUACCACUGAGACUUCCGCUGAGUCUGCCACUACCCAAGAGUCGAGCACUGAGGUUUCCGAGACCACGGAGACUCAGGAUACCACUACCGCCGAGAUGGCUUCAACAGAGGCCACGACUGCUGAGUCUACGACGGCAGGACCUACAUCUACUGAGACCUCUGUGCAGUCUACUACUUUUGCUACUUCCACCACUACUAAGGAGCCAGAACGCGAGUAUCCUUGUAUCAUUCAUGCCAAUCCGGGAAUUGAUCCUUACUGCGCCUGUGAGACUACAGUCAGCGGCAAGGGCUUCUAUGUUUCGACUGAUUUGAUCUCAUCGUCUUGCGCCGACUACACAACUUUCCCUUCCUCUAUCCCUACAGAUGCGUUUGAGCCCAAGGUGACUGAGAAGCCCGAUCCUGAGCCUUACGUCAAGACCGACGAUGGGACAGUGGUUUCUUACCCCGACCGUACAGUCAAGGUUGGAAACUACCCUGGUGGAAAGUAUACUUACACGCAGGGUGUCGGAGACGCCGUCACGCUUGAGACUCCUUUGCCCACGCAGACUAAUGCGAACAACAAGGGCUCCAGCCAGUGCGGCAGCAUCGAUGAUGCAUGCGACCGUGCUUUAAACGAUGGUUUUGAUGACGAGACAACAUACACGGACUACGUCUCGCGCUAUGCUAGAAUUCAGAGCGGUAUGAUCAUGCUCGCGUCAUUUGGCCAAGCUGGUUGCACGGCCCAGUUCAAGUGCGAUGACUAUGGUCUCGGAAUGAAGGGCAAGGAUAUCAAGGAUGCUGUCCAGCACAUGAAGGAUAAUGAUGGAGUGAGCAAAUGUGGAACAGCAUACCUAUCCAACACGUGUCAGAUCACAUUGAACUACUGUACCAAUUGUCACCAUGACGGUUGA